AAAAGCCGUUCCGACAAUUUCAUACGACAUUAAUUCCGAGAAAAAGGAAAUUCUCAACUUCAUUCUAUCGGAAUAAUACAUAACUAUAUACGUAUAUAACAAUUGGAUUUAAUAAAGAUAUUACCAAUAUUGUGUGUUAUCAUGUCGUGGAGAAUAACGGAAGCCAAUGAUAGCUUUUUGACAAGUUCAUCACUAACACGUGAAGAAACCACAGAACAACCAGGUGGGCCAGCACCAACCCCAACCGAUAAAACACUGACUCGAAUUAUUUCAACAAUAAAUCAUGAAAAUUUGGAUUAUUUCCAAGAAUCAUUUAAUAAAUGUCAAUUAACCAUAGAAGAUAUUCUUGAAAUUCUUGAACAUCUUACAUCAUCACGGUUAAAAUAUCAAAGGAAUUAAAAUCAUACAGCAUGAACAAAAGAUGAAUAAAUCAGUAGAUACAAGUAUAUAUUAAUAAAAUGUUGUAUCCAUCACUUAUAGUGCACUAUUUAAAGAUCAUGUUCUAAAUAAAUGAAUUAUCUUUAUUGAGCUGUAUUCCUACAUACAACGUUUUGAAACUACUAAGAAAUAGACUUUCGUAUGACUUAUCUUUAUUCAGAACGCUUGUAUAGUUAAUGUGAUGAUGAAUUGUUUUUGAUUACUGAAUAUAGAUUUUAUUGUAAUCUUUAUCUAAAUAAAUCUUUAUUAAAUGUAUUCAAUUAUGUGUGAUAAGGUAUCUAAUCAAUCUCAAACAUUAAAGAAUAAAAAGCUUAUCAACGAUCAUUUAAACAAAUAAACAUGACUAAUUCUUAUUGUACUUACCAUCAAAUGUAAAGUUUUUUAAAAA